AAUUUGCAAAAUCAUCCGCUUACAAAGUCCAAAAAACACCAAUAAAAAAUGUAAACGCAAAGCACACAUACGCCCAAAUGCGACCAACUCCUAGCUAGACCAUAAAAACAGCCAAACAUCCGGACAUAUUCAAACACUUCUAGACCCUCUACUUUCUCUCUUCUCCUUUGGUGAACGGAAACCGGGGGCAGAAAGAAAGCGAAAGUGGAUCGAAGGCAUGGGAAGAGGCCACUUUCUACGACGGCAAAGGAAGAGAAAGAGAUAGAAGGCCAACACAUGUCUACACACUACACUUCCUCACGUGCAGACCACGACACUUCAGCCAUGGUUUCUGCCCUAGCUCACGUUAUCGCCGGCGGCUCCACUUCCGGCGAAGAACAAAGCCAGGCAGCAACUUCUCCGGCGGCGGCCAGUGGUGGGUCGACGGUGAGGGAUCCCAACCAGCCUUCGGAUGAACAAGGAAACGAGAGGAGAAGACAAUAUAGAGGAGUGAGGCAAAGGCCGUGGGGAAAAUGGGCAGCAGAAAUUAGAGAUCCGAAGAAGGCUGCAAGGGUGUGGCUGGGGACAUAUGACACAGCAGAGGGAGCUGCAAUCGCUUACGAUCAGGCUGCACUCCAGUUCAAGGGAACUAAAGCUAAGCUCAACUUUCCGGAGAGAGUCCAAGGCCGGACUGAGCUAGGGUUCGUGGUGAGUCGAGGGAUUCCGGCGAGGAGGCCGAAGCAAGUUGCCACAUUGCAGCCAUCUCUAUACCCGGAUUUACUGCAGUAUGCUCAGAUUCUCCAGAGUGGAGAUGAAGAUCAUCAGAAUGGUAGAGAGGUUUUCACGUUGGAGUCUUCUUCUGCAAUUGCACAGACUUCAUCAUCCUCGAUUUCGUUUGCAGGAUUGUCAGGGAUGGAAAGUUCUGCGAGGCCAAACUUGAUGCUGAAUUUUGGAAGCAAGGAAUCUGGUUCUGGUUGUUGGGCGAAGGAGGAUGAAGGUGGUGGUAGGGAUAGCGGGAGGUAAAAAGGUAAAUUUGAAAUUUUGAGUAAUGUGUGACGGGUGAGAGUGAGUAUUGUUAAUUUUGCAAUGGAUAUCAGAUUUAUUAACUGAGAUCAAGAGGUAAGUAAAUAUAUAUAUUUUGGUUGUUUAUGCAUGUUUUAGUAUAUAAUCAUGUUAUAUGUACUUCUAACACUCUUUGGGGGUAAAUAAUGGGGUGUAUUUGAUUGAGGCUUAUGUUA